AUGUUCGCCAUGUCACCGAGAUGCAACCGUCUGAGGUGUUUGUUAGUGUUUUUACCCACCCUGGCCGCGGUGAUGCUGUUGGCCGAUCGAUGUAUCGGGUCCGACAAUAACAACAAUAACAACGGCACGACAACAACGACCGUCAUGUCCAAUUCCGAACUGUCGUCGUCGUCCCCAUCGUCGUGGAUCGCUGCCACUGCUGAUUACCCGACGCAAUCGCCACUGACGAACGGCGGCAACGAGACGGCCGGGCAAUCGGCGGUCGGCAAACCCAGCAAGUUCGACGAACACGUGGAGGACUGGCAGUACGUGGACGACCCGCUGAAGAACGUGACGACGCUUGCCGAACCAGUUCCCAUGAUUGCCGGUAACUCGACCGCGUGCAAGAUGUGCUCGAUCGACAAGUCCAAAACACGGCGGAACAAGCGCAAUCACGACAACCGGCUGUUUAAGAUGGCCGUCAAGUCGUCGCGACACCGAGACCUGUACGCCCAGCUAAUGGCCUCGGUGGCGUCCAAACAGUCGUACCGGCGGAAGCGGUUCCGCCGUACACCAGCCCCUUCGACAUCCGAGUCAUCCACGUACAAGCAGUUGUUCCGGUACAAGCGGUACCGACGCUCCGUUGCUGUCACCGCAGACAUGGCUGCAGACAUCACGAAGACGGCGGAUGACACCAAGGACACAGCUGCAGACACCGUGGACACGGAUGUAGACUUUUCAGUGGCGCGUUUGUCGGCAUCCAAACAGCUGUACCGGCGUAAGCGUUUCCGGCGUUCCGCGGUCGCUGCAUACCCGAACGGAAUGAUCCGACCGUACCACUAUAUCAAUAAUAACAACCACCGAUAUCAGCAGCAACAGUACGGGCCCUCGCUGGCCGCCGACCUGCAGCAACAGCAAAACCGCCGUCGCCGUUACCGGUACGCCGCGGACCCGUACCACCACAAGCGGAACGGCGCGGCGGCCACCUCAUGGGACCGUUCCGCCGAGUUCCGGCGCCGGUAUCUCAGGUUCCCGCCCACGCACGACGCACCGCCACCCGCAUACAACAACAUCGUCAACAACAACAACAACCCGUGGUCGCCAGCCGCCGUGCCACCAGGCCUUCUGUCCCAGCAACAGCAACAACCUUUCAGCUACUUACCCCAGUACCCGGUCCAACAACAACAACCACCACCGUCCAUGGGGCCCAGGAGUCCCCGGCUCGUGUUCCGGGACCCCAUUGACCAGGGAACGCUCCAGGCGCCGUUCGGCGGUGGGCCCAACGGACUCCAAGACCUGUUGGUCUCGCAGCCCGAUGACGUCAAAGGUUGUGGUGUUUCGGUGGCCAAGCAACAAGGAGCCCAAAGAAGAAUUGUCGGAGGUGACGAAGCUGGGUUUGGCAGCUUUCCAUGGCAGGCUUAUAUCCGCAUCGGAUCCAGUAGGUGUGGUGGUUCGUUGGUGAACAGGUAUCACGUAGUAACAGCCGGUCACUGUGUUGCCAGGGCGUCGGCGCGACAGGUGCAGGUGACUCUUGGAGAUUACGUUAUCAACUCGGCGGUGGAACCGUUGCCGGCUUACACGUUCGGCGUCCGCAAGAUCAGUGUGCACCCGUUCUUCAAGUUCACUCCGCAAGCUGACCGAUUCGACGUGGCUGUGCUUAGGUUGGAUAGACCGGUGCAGUACAUGCCGCACAUAGCACCCAUCUGCUUGCCGGACAAGGGUGAAGACUUUUUAGGACAUUACGGAUGGGCUGCCGGAUGGGGAGCUUUGCAAGCCGGUUCUAGACUGAGGCCGAAGACGCUCCAGGCCGUCGACGUACCAAUCAUUGACAACAGACAGUGCGAGAGGUGGCACAAGUCCAACGGCAUAAACGUUAUAAUCUACGACGAGAUGAUGUGCGCCGGUUACCGGGAAGGAUCCAAGGAUUCGUGCCAAGGCGAUUCGGGUGGACCACUGAUGCUGGAGAAGACGGGUCGAUGGUACCUAAUCGGAAUCGUGUCGGCCGGUUACUCGUGCGCACAACGCGGUCAGCCCGGCAUCUAUCACAGGGUGGCUUUGACGGUCGACUGGAUAUCCUACAUAAUCAAUUCGUCUCAACAAUAA